UUAUGUUUCCUCAUAAUCCUCCCAACAACACUGUGAGUCCGAGGUCUGAGAUGAACGGCAGUGUUGGGGACCCGGGUGUCCGCGGCUGCAGCCCCUGGGAUGACCCUGCUCGCUUCAUCGUGGUGCCCGCGGCCUACGCCAUGGCUCUGGGCCUGGGGCUGCCGGCCAACGUGGCCGCCCUGGCGGUGUUUGUCCGCAGCGGCCGGCGCCUGGGUCAGGCCCUGCGGCUCUACCUGCUCAACCUGGCCCUGGCCGACGUGCUCUUCACGCUCACGCUGCCGCUCUGGCUCACCUACUACCUGGGCCCGGCCCACUGGCCCUUCCCCGAGGCCGCCUGCCGCGCGGCCGGGGCUGCCUACUACGCGGCCACCUACGCGGCCGUGGCCUUCGCUGCGCUCAUCAGCUUGUGCCGCUGCGGCUCCGUGCGCGGGCCCCGGCCCAGGGCGCCCGGCCGCCUCGCGCUCCGCCGCCGAGGCCCCGCGCGCCCCGCGCGUGCCGCCUGCGCCGCCGCCUGGCUGGCCGGCCUGGCCUGUGCCGCGCCCUCGCUGGCCGCGCCGCACGCGCUGCGCCCGGGCCCGGGGGGCGCCGCUCGGUGCCUGGAGCACGGCUGGGCGCGCGCCGGCCUGGCCUACGCCACCGUGGCCUUCUUCGCCGUCGCCUUCCUGCUGGUGCUCGCGGCCUACGUGAGCCUGGCGCGGGCGCUCACGGCGCCCUCGGGCCCCGGCCCGGCCCCCGCCGGCCCGCACCGGCGCGCGGCCAAGACCAUGGUGCUGGGGCUCCUGCUGGUGUUCGCCCUCUGCCUGGCGCCCUACCACCUGCUGCUGGCGCCCUGGGUGGCCGGGCGGGAGGGCGCCACGGGCGGCGACGGCGGCGAGUGCCGCGCCGCCUCCACGCUCGACGUCCUGCACACCCUCAGCCUGGCGCUGCUGAGCCUCAACAGCUGCCUGGACCCGCUCAUCUACUGCUUCUCGGUGCGCCGCUUCCGCCAGGACUGCUGGGCGCUGGGCUGUCGCCCGGGGCUGGGAGCGCCCGGCGCGCAUGUGGCCUCCUUGGCCUCCUCUUCGUGA